ACAAACCAUAGAGUUUCAGCAAGCAAGUGAAACCCCAGCGCGCUGUGCCUUGUUCGCCCACCAUGGCGGCCAUGUGGUCUCCGAUCAUCGGACUCCUCCUGCUCCUGCUCCAACUAGCGCCGUCCUCUUCCUCCUACAUCCAGUUGCCGCUCCAAGGCAACGUCUAUCCUGUUGGUUACUUUUUUGUCACGAUGUACAUUGGUGGGAAGCCUUACUCACUGGACAUCGACACUGGCAGCAAUCUCACGUGGCUGGAGUGCCUGCACCCGAACCACCAGUGCAAAAUCUGCAAGGGACCGCACCCACCAUAUAGGCCAAAUAGAUCUCACAAGAUGGUCAACUGUGGAGGUCAGUUUUGUACUGAUCUCCACAAAGAUCUACCUCCUUACCAGGAUCCUCCGUGUCACGCUAGACAGCAACACGAAUGCCACUAUCAUGUUCGGUACGUCGAAGGAACUUCAUCGGACGGUUUCAUCGUCAACGACACGGUGUUUGUCGAUGUGUUUGCUCCCUCCAAGAGAGUACAAAUUUUCUUCGGGUUCGGAUGUGGAUGCAACCAGCAACCACAGAAAUAUUCACCCGUAGAUGGCAUCCUUGGACUUGGGAUGGGAAAGGUAGGUUUUGUCGCGCAAUUGAAGGCGCAUAACGUGAUCACCAAGGACAUCAUUGGGCACUGCCUCAGCAUCGAUGGAGGGGGCUACCUCUUCAUCGGAGACUAUAACUUCCCCGCCGGCGUAUCCUGGGCCCCCAUGAGAAAAUACAGCCAUUACUACUCACCUGGCCCAGCACAGCUGUUAUUUGGCCGAAAGAAGAUAGGCAGUAAAACAAUGAUGGUCUUUGACAGUGGUACCACAUACACCUACAUACCUGACGGGGUGUACUCCCAGCUUCUUGCAGAAGUGAAGCAGAGUGUCAGCCGCUCACUUGAAAGGGUGACUGAUCAGGCGCUUCCUGUAUGUUGGAAGGGCCCAUUCGCAUCAAUCCAACUGGUCAAAGGGAAAUUCAAGCCACUGGCGCUUGAAUUUACCAACCAAGUCAUGCAUAUCCCGCCUGAAAACUACCUCACACUCACGCAAAAAAAGAAUGUAUGCUUGGGCAUCCUUCAGACACCAAAGGCUGGUGGCCAAAUGAUGAUAAUUGGAGAUGUUACAAUGCAGGAUUUGCUUGUGAUAUAUGACAAUGUGGACAAGCGCGUCGGAUGGGUCAGUAAACAGUGUAAACAUAAUCUGGAAAUACCAUCAAUCCGCGCUCUCUGAACGAAGUGUAUGUGAGCAUCAGGCUUCGUAAAAGAUGGUGUUCUCGGAAGCAGAGGAGUUAUAUGUUAACAAGAAUAAAUAGACGUUGAUAAAAUAUCAGAUGAUCCUCCUGCUCAUACUGAAACAGCUUCAUGUUGAGUAAUACACCGUGGUUGUAUUCUUGCAUGUGUGUGUACUUUCAAUACAUAAUAUGAACAAUCUGUAACCAGAAUCUGUUUUAUUAUAUAUACAAAUUUGGAAGCACCAUUGAGGCCUCCACUUAGAUUC